UAUGAGAAGUGACUAGGCAUCAUUUUGGCAACAAAAAGGAAAAAGCGUCAAAAAUAUAAUUCAAACGCUAUUCGAUUAAUAAAAAAACACAAAAUGUCGGCACCUGAUAAAGAAAAGGAGAAAGAGAAGGAGGAGACCAACAACAAGGGCGAGGAUUUGGGUCUGCUGGAGGAGGACGAUGAGUUCGAAGAGUUUCCCGCCGAAGAUUUCCGCGUCGGCGACGACGAAGAAGAGCUAAAUGUGUGGGAAGACAACUGGGACGACGACAAUGUGGAGGACGACUUCAGCCAGCAGUUGAAGGCUCAUCUGGAGAGCAAGAAGAUGGAGACGUAAACCGGCGACCCCCUUGUUCAAUCCUAACCAUAAAAACGAGCUGAGCUGUUUUGCAGUUUAUAGAAUAAAAUCAGUAUAUUAAGUGGAA